GGGAGGAAGGGAAAGAGACCAAACGUAGCGCCGGCUCCUCUCCAUUUUCCCCUGUUCGCCCAUUUCAUCCCGGCUUCCUUCCCAGAUCCGAUCUCUCUCGUUCAUUCAAUUAAAUUCUUUUUCUAAAUGUUUCCGUCUAGAUUUCCUUCUUGAGUUCCCCUCUUGGUUUCGAUCUGUAGCUAGGGUUUGAGUUCCCCGGCAAUGGAUCCAUCCAGUAUAAUUUUCAGUAGAUUUGGACUCCUUCGGAUUGCGCUGCUUCUCGUCCUCCUCCUCGUCUCUUCCACCGUGGUUGUCGUCGCUCAGGCGGAGAGCGCCGAGAAUGCUUCGUUGGAGUCGACUAGAUUCCUGGAUCGCCGCUCUAAGAUGUUCCUGCGCUCGUUUCGGAAAGAUUCAGCAAGUGAUGAUGAUGGUGUUGAUUUAGAAAAAGUUGGCCUGGGGCUCUUUGAUGCUUUCUUUGCUAGUAUAUCCAUGAUCAUAGUUAGUGAGAUUGGAGAUGAGACAUUUAUAAUCGCAGCACUGUUGGCAAUGCGCCACCCAAAAUCAAUAGUUCUGUCGGGUGCACUCUUCGCCCUUAUUGUGAUGACAGUGCUAUCAACUGGACUUGGUAGGAUAGUUCCCAACUUGAUAUCAAGGAAGCACACAAACAGUGCAGCUACUGUGCUUUAUGCAUUUUUUGGGCUACGGUUGCUGUACAUUGCAUGGAGGUCUAAUUCAAAGGCAUCACAGAAGAAGGAAAUGGAAGAUGUAGAAGAAAAGCUUGAGACAGGGCAAGGGAAAAGCACAUUUCGCCGCUUUUUUUCAAGAUUUUGUACGCCUAUCUUUUUAGAGUCGUUUAUUUUGACCUUUUUAGCAGAAUGGGGGGAUCGUAGUCAAAUAGCAACAAUUGCGCUAGCAACCCACAAGAAUGCAGUUGGAGUUGCAGUGGGAGCAACAUUAGGCCACAUGAUAUGUACAUCUCUUGCAGUGGUGGGUGGGAGCAUGCUGGCAUCCAAGAUCUCACAACGGACAGUUGCAACCAUUGGGGGUCUGCUGUUCCUUGGGUUUUCCUUGUCAUCAUACUUCUAUCCACCUUUAUGAUUGUAGAUCAUAUAUUGGGCUCUUUCAGGAGCUAUUUGUCCCCAACCCAUUUUUGCUGUUACUUGCAUCUUAUACAUGUUCUACAAAGUACAUCCAAUUAAGUAAUGUUGCACUUCAAUUCUUUUCAUGUAUAAUAUAUAGCAGUUGAAUUCACU